AUGCCCGGCAUUCGUUUAUUUGGUCGUCGUUUUAAUUUUGCCUCCGAUGAUUUAACAAUACCAUCAUUAAUUGAUCUGACUCUUCGUUUACCAUUCUUAGUGACGUUUAUUGUCUUUCGUAUUAAAGAUGAAUCACCAGACUCAACAUGUCCAUCAUCAUUCUAUACUGGCUAUUUUUAUCCACUUUUAAGUGUUUAUACGGCUAUAACAAUCUUAUGUGUUUUUAUGUUUUGGAUUAGUUUACGAGGAACACCUGUAAAAAAUACUCGACCACGUCGCCGUAUGUCAGUAUUGAUUUAUAUGCGUUUGUUUCUUGUUUUGAUUGAUAUUAGUAUUAAUAUAAUGGGUUUAAUUACAAUGAUAAGAGUAUUUAAAAUGUGUGCUAUUAUUUUACGUGCAACAAUUGUAACGACGAUAGCUUUAAGUUGGAGUGUUGCCAUAUCUUUAUUUAUAAUAUUAGCAUUUUUUAUUGAUUUAACGGGUUUUGUUACAGCUGAAAAGAAAUGGGAAAUGAGAAUCAAGAUUAUUUUUUGUUGUGGACAAGGUUAUGGAGGACAAUCUUCAGAUACAAAAAAUAUUGUUAAAACUUUACAAUACUUAUUUGAUGAUGAAAGAUUUGAUCUGGUACCAAGUGAUGUUGCUGCCGGUCUUAUUCUUUUACAACAAGAGGAUGUACAAGAAGAACGAUCAAUCAAUAUUAUACAACAUGUACCAUUAGAAUUACUCAAAGAAGGACUUUAUUAUAAUUCGUAUGCACAAUCGGCUUUUGGAUGGUUUUCUUUAGCAUAUCAUUAUAGAUUAACAUUUCUACCACGAAUUCUUUGUGCAAUGCGUUUUAGAACAAUAGGAUUUUGUUGUGGUUGUUGCUGUUGUGGUGGUGGUACUUGCUCAUCUUGCUGCCAACAUCCAGAUAGUGCAAAUGAUCCCUGUGGAAGUCAAUACGCUACAUUAGCCUAUUUACUACGCAAACAAAAGCCGGUCAUUUUAUAUGCUAAUUUUCUUGCUGCAUUUCAUCACGCACCAUUUUAUAUAGCAGCGGACAAUCAAAAGAAAACAAUUGUUGUAUCUAUUCGUGGAACAUUAAGUGCAACUGACAUAUUAACUGAUAUCAAUGCUGUGGAAGAUGCAUUAGAAACCGAAUUAUUUGGCAGUGGUUAUUGUCAUAGUGGUAUGCAUUCAACAGCUAAAUAUAUUCUCGAUGAUAUAUCAAUACGUUUAGUAGACAUAUUUACAAAGUAUCCUGAUUAUACAUUAGUUCUAUGUGGGUAUUCACUUGGUGCCGGUAUCGCAUCGAUUCUUGCUAUUCUAUUGAAAUCAAAGUAUCCACAUUUAAAAUGUUACGGAAUGGCGAUGCCUGGUGCGGUUUUAUCAGAAGAUUUAGCCGUUGCAACGCGUGAUUUUAUUUAUUCAUAUGUUGUUGACGUUGAUAUGAUAACACGUGCAUCGAUUCGUUCAUUGGAACAUUUAAGAGAUCGAAUUAUUGAUGCAUUACAUACAUGUAAUCGAAGUAAAAUGCGUUUAUUAACAAUGACACUUGUGCAAGCGUUAACUAAACGUCGUCAAGCUUUUCAUUCUAUGAAUCAUCAAUCACAAACAUUAAUUGAUGAUUCAUUAACAAAUUCAAUGACAACUACCGGUGGUAAUUUUUCUAUUUCACCGACAGUUGUAACGUCUCAUUCAGGCGAACGUGCGCAUUUAGUUAUACCUGGAACAAUAGUACACUUAUAUUCAACCGAGCGUGUUGGCUUAUUCUCACGAAAGAUCUCAUAUCGUGCUGGGAUCAGUACAUAUAAUCAAUUUCGUCAAUUCAUUGUUCAUCCCAGAAUGUGGCUUGAUCAUUUCCCUGCAUCAUAUAGUACAGCAUUAACAGAUGUUAUAGAAAACUAUGAUCAAAUUUCAACAUAA